UAAAAACAUAGUUAGCAAGAAAAUCUCAUUUUUAUAAAGGUAUUUUACUACCUAGUAACCUAAUUGAUCUAGAACCGGUGAACGCUUGGCCUUCAGACUAGGAAUAGUCAUCUGUGUUAUAGAAUACAUACUAUCUGUAUAUAUUUAUUACUAUGUCCUUACACGGCAGAGCUUGCAAACCUUGGAACUUGAACGUCUGCGUCACACACCGUAUGGACAUUCGACUAAGGAUUCCGUACCAAAAUUAUUCUAUAUUUAUUUGAAUUAAUAAACUAAAUAUAAAUAAUAGUACAAAAUGUACUCUAUAUAAUGAUAAUAGUUAUUCUAAGGCUAUUCCUUUAAUAUUACGAGUAGGUUGUAAAUGUAGUAUUUAGGUAUGUGACAUGCAUAGUUAAAAAUAUCUCAACUGAAGAAAAUAUUCAAAUUCAAUUGCGAAGAAAAUUUCCCAUUUUGUGUAUUUUAUUUUGUAAAUACCGAAGUAUAUUUUAUUAGAUGUUUUAAAUCGCGUUGACAAACAUUUUGGGUUAAGCGACGACUUCUACUGUUGGGCAAUUACACUAAUUACUACUAAGACGUUUGUGUCAUAAGUACUUAAGUGUAACCCACCUGCUUAAAUUACCUACCUAUUAGGUAGUCAUAUCCUGGAGGCUGUGUUUAUUUAAAAAAUAUAUUUGUCAGCUACAAAAACUACAAACUGACUUGUUUGAUUGUAACAAUAAUAUCAAUAAAAUAUAUAAUUAAUUAAUAUCUAUUCCGAUUACUACCUCUUUACUUAUAUGGAUUUGCUACUUCUGUUUCGUGUUUACAUUUACGUAGAACUGGAUAUGAAUCGUAGCGCCUCCCUACUUAAUAUGCAAACUAUAUUAUGUAUCUGCGUUUGUUUAUACUGAGACUUCCUCCUAUAAUUUCCUGAUUGUAACUGUUUAAAGAUAACUUACUGGUAUAUUAUGCAAAUAGGUUCGAAUAAAAUACGUAAAUACGAAAUUGUGGCAAAUAUAUCCAAGUUCUUUCUGUAUCGGAAUAGCAAUGACAGCACAAUAUUGAUACCUGUCCUUCUUCUAAUAACUUUACAUUAUAAUAUAUUAAGUGCUAUAUGUAUAAAUUUUAGUAAGUAUAUACAGUUUUAGUCUGUUUUUAAAUUGAAUUUCUUCAAGUUUAACAUUUUGCAAGACAUUGCGAUAAACAGUUACUUAUUUGGAAUAACAUGGAAUCUUGUCUUUAAUUUUAAAAAAGAAAUUUGUAUGUUUAAUGUUUAAGAUUUUUUAUAAUCUCGUCCUAUUAAGAUAGAUACCAAUGAGUUUGAAAAAUAAAUAUACCGGAUCCAAUAAAUUCUUUAAAUAAAUAAAUAAAUAGCUAUGUGGGUGUUUGUGAUUCAUACAACUAGAGUUCACUUAUUACUUAUAAUAAAUACAACAGUGACCAUGUAAUAAAUAGGUACCAAGACGUAUUUUCCACGUAAUUGUAGAUAUUUGAUUGAAUAUAUAAAACUGCCAUGAUACUGUGUAUGGAUUGUACUUAUACAGAUGUGGAAGAUGCCUAUGCAAUUUUUACGUAAGAAUUUUUUAUAAGAAUGAGGGAUAUCAUUAUUGUUCAAGUCUAUAUAGGUGACAAUUACUACGAGUGCGCCGUCUAUUCGUCUUUACAGUUUAGUAUGAAAAAAGUCGUGCCCUCCUUUCUUGUAUAUCAAGGCCUCUUUGGAAAUACAUAAUUGGAUACACUAAUAUUGCAGUAAAUAUCAUUUGAAACUAGAAAAGUAAUGUCAGAUUAUAGAAUAAAUAUUAUCGAAUUAGAAAAAAAUAAAGGGCAUUUGUUUUAUGUUACCUAGAAGACAACUUCUACUACCAAAAUAGCACCCUAUUUGUUGUUCGUCUAUUAGAAAUUGGUGGACAUAUUAUAAAGCCUGAAACUCAGCAAUAAAAAAGCAGCUAUGUAAGUACUAUUUAUUUGCAAUUUUCAUCGCGUUAAGUCCCGAUAGUGUACUUAAAACCUAGUCUCUUCAGCAAUAUUACUAUAUAUUUUUAUAUAGCAAUUUUUAGUAAAUAGGGUGUUCUUUCAGGCCCAACGUUUCAGGCUACUGGUUCUUUGUAAAACAUAGUAUCUAAGUAGGUUAAUUAAUAAAUAAUUUAAUAUACACUUUAAACAAAACCUCGUAAUGAAUCAAUUAUAUUAUCAUUUAUAGGAAAACUCCAAAUUAAAGGUAUACAAGCUUGUUAUAAAAUGACAGCUUGUAUGAACUAAAAUUAAUACAAAGAGGCAAAAGGUCUUAUCUUAGAUCCGUGAUGUACAAAAUUCCGUACUUGUGUUUGUAUUGACUUAGGGCUAUUUAGUGUAAUGUGUUAUGAGGUGUCAUGUUAAUAUAUUGACGAAAACGAACUACUAGUAAGUACUUAUGUGAUAAAGUACCAACGCAAUUCUUUACGUUUACUGAACACAAUCAAACAAAAUUUCAAGAACCUAUUUGUCGUAGGGGCCUGCUUCUCACUUCAAAUAUCGUGCAUAUAUACGAGUAUUACGUAAACUAUGGUAAACAGAUUAUACUCUAUUGCAAUGCCAAAGUGAUACCUAAUAUCAAUAUACGUACGUAACACAUUAGGUGAAUCCUAUCAUUAGUUAUGGUACUUGUGUAUUCCGUUUACUUUAUUUUUUGUUCUACAUAUUUGGUUUGUAGGUUUUAUUAGUCAUAACAAAUGUUAAUUUAUAUCCUAUUAUUUAUAAAUCAACUAAAUGGAUGACAGAGAGAACAGCUGUUCGAAUUUGAGUAAUCGAAUCUUAACAAUGAAACUAUGUUAUGCUAUUACCUAUGCCCAAUGCUUAAUUUUACGCGACAUCUUUAAAUUCUGCUGAGUAGAAUACAAGAUUACUCGUGUUAAAAUUUGUGUAAAGAGCUAGUUUAACCCCACAGACUCGUCUUCAACAUUAGCAGAAUAAAAGUUAAAACAGUUGAUAAGGCAGUGUAAACGCAAUCUUAUAGAAGAAAUGCAAAUGUAUAGAUUUUCUUAGCAACAGGAAUGUCUAACUUUCAUUCCACCUUGUGAAAAUUGUAACUACAAUGUCGGUUCUAGGCAUAAAUAGCAUCAUGAAUAUCAUAGAUUUCACCGUGACGCCCAAGGACGGUAAAAGAAUUAUAUCUUUGUACUCUGCAACUUAACUACUAUAUCUCUUUUAAACCAAAACACACUCUUUGAAGCCUAUAUUACUUUUACUUAGGGGUAGAAAGAAGAGUGUUUAGUGAAAAUAAUAAUUUUUAAUUGUAAUUUUUUCCAUCAUUCAUAAAACAUCCUGUCCUUACAAUUAGUCACUAUAAUAAUAUUAAUUAUGAUAUAUAUGUAUAUACAAGUUAUCAGUUUAAUGCUUAGAUUAUGAAAAAUACGUUAUACUGUAUAAUACUAUCAAUUUAAAGCUUCCAUACCAUACGUUCCACAAUAUAGCUUUACAACCAUGGACAAUGUCUAUAAGAAAAAAAGAUAAUCAAUUAAAUGCCUAAUUAAGCCAUUCAGUGAGAACUAAUUUAAUAAAGUAGGAAGUCGAGUAAGUACGCAACAUACUUACGUAUAUCCGCUUGUACUAUUAUAGUCACUAAAAUCUUUUGCAAGUUUUAAAAAUGCAUUGUAUAGUCAUUGUUUUGCAACUGCAACUCAUUGAAUUUUAAAUAUCGGUUAUUAUAGGUAGAUACUUGUUAGUAGAAAAAAAUAUAAAUACCUAGUAUGGUAGUAAGUAGUUACAAUAGAUGAUCAGUAAUUUUUUAUUGCGGACCUAAUGUUAUAGAUAUUUGGAAUGUAUUAACUGAAAUAGUGACGCACGUAUUUCGUAUCAUGUACCUGUUUAAGAAAUUUCUAUUUACAACCUACUACUGUAUUCAAAAGCAAUCUUUAUUUAAAAGGGCAACGAUGAAUUGGAUACCACAACUUAAUUACAUCGUAAAUUCAAUAUGAUGUAGGUAGCUACGUUAGAUUUCUUUAUAGUAGCAACUGUACUUGAAUCUAACCAUUCUAUUAGUGAAGCCUCUACUAUUGACAUGUGGAAGGGCUAAUAGAAAAAUAACAAAAUGAAGUUUAUUGCAUUUAUAUUUCUAAUAAAAAUAACAGUUUCACAAAGUCUUACUUGCAAUAAUAUUUUGGAAUUGCCUGCUGAAACUAAAUUAACAAUUAGAGAAUUACAAACGAUUCAACCGAAAGAUAUGGUUCAGUGCUUGGCCUACUUGGGAAAGGAGCAAUUGCCGAAAUCGGAAGCCGAGUUCAUAUGGCAAUCGAUCGUUGCAUUUUACAGCGGUAUCGCAAAUGUUCCUGAUAACGUAUUGAUACUUUUACAUUGGGUUACUACAGCUCUAACUCCGGAAGAUUACGCAAACAUAACCUUUAGUAACAUUGACGUUAUACAAAAUUUCGGAUUAAAUUACAACUUGGAUAUGCAACAACUUAUGGCAAUAGCCGAUAGGGUCCGCGAAGACUUUGCUGGGAAGGAGCCCGAAGACUACACUUAUUAUGACUUGACAGCCUUAAGGCAAAUUUUAUGUGCCUAUAACAGAAGUGAGAUUGAGAGAAUACAUCCAUCAGCUUUUAGAGAAGCGGCUCUAAUCCUCGGAAAGCUAGAGAAUUGUAGUGCUGAGGUGAUGACAGGAUUUGCCUCUUUAGCGAUUCAAAAGAGCGCUUUUGGUCCUCCAUCAACGUGGUCGGAUUCAACAAAGAAAGCGCUAGGAAAAAUUAUUGAAUUCUUGCCACCAGAAAUUAUAGAAAAAUAUAAACUCUAACAAAUGGCCCAAAGCAUGAUUUAAUAUGUGUAUCUACAAUUUAUUUUUGAGUUAUACUCCUAGUAAGAUUUUAUUUAUAGCAUUAUUAUCUUACACCGUAACAUCUCAUUGCCUAAUACGAGUUCUACCUCAUUGAAAGAAAAUAUGUCUAUGAUGUUUAACAGCGCUGUUAGACAGAAGGGAUUUUACUAGUAGUACUACUAUCAUAUAAAUUCUCUUUCAACACAUUAGUACCAAAUUGUAUAUUUACACAUAAUCAUCCUUGUAAAUUAAUAAAUAAAUAUAAUAUAUAGAUUUUUUUUUAUUAUUAACUAAUGACAAGUGCUUUAUCUACUUUUAGUUCUAUGCUAAAUACCAUAUGAAAGGAAAGGAAGAUUGGAAUAAAUUUAUCUCACUUUUAAAUACUAAAGCCUAUUUAAAUAUUUACCUGUAGCAUUAUCUCUAGUUAGUAGUUUUAAAUUUACAGUUGGUAACAAUACUUGCUGUCUAAUGUCAGUUACUGCUUUUGCAAUAAGUAUCCAAUGAAUCAAAUACAAUACAAAGAUGAGAAGUCUUCGAGGUAACAUUGGCAUACAAAAUAAAUAGAGGUCGUUGUAAAUGGAGCCAUAGAAGAACAAUAUUGUAUAUUAGUGGGUUUAUUUACGUCUUUUAUGUUUUUUGACCUUGCGUCAUAAUGAACGAAACAGUUUAUAUUUAGGACAAGUAAAAAUGAUGAUUUAUGGUUAGGUGUAAACCAGAUUAUUACGUAGAAUUUACCUGUCAGAGUAGAAUUUUCAUACGGAAUUAAAAUAUUUUUGUGAGUGAAGGUCAUCAUGUAGGUACUGAAAUGUAAUGAUAAUAAUUAGACAUUACACUGCAUUUGUAUGCAUUUAAAUAUUUACACAUGAGACUCAAUCAUAAAAUAAUUAUAAUUGAAUUUAGAACACAUUAAUGGACGUAUCUAUGCUAUAUACUAUUAUAUGUUAUAAAUUAAUUAUUACAUAUUAAUAUAUAACUAUAAACAAAAACUAUUAGUAUCAUUUUUAUCUAGCGGAAUAUACAGAGCCUCAUCAUCAAAACCCGACGAAAACUCCAGUUUUUCACUUCCUCGUCGUAAUGCUGAGAUCACAGAUUCUCUUCGAUUGUGAUCCCAAUGCGGCUGGUUUACAAAUAGACUCCUUUUGAUCUCUGCCAAGAUAGUGACAAAUCCAUAGCUAGGUACUAUUCUGAUGCAGCUACAUUGAUUAAUUAAAAUAAAGCAAUCGUUAAUCGCAAUGAAAAAAUCGCAUCCCUUGCUCAUUGCCAAAUUAAGCCUUCCUCGUCGAUCUAUCCAGAAAAACAAAUAAUAAUAUACUAGCAUGGAGGUUUCGCGAUCUCAAGCAGAUAGUAACCUAGAAAUUUUAUUAAUAUCUAAAUAUUUUACUUACUACUAAAUAUAAGCAUUAUAUAAUAUAAGUAUUAUUUCAUAUUUCCUAUAUAUUGAAUAGAAUGCACCACCUACUUAUUUCUCGGUAUACCCAAGGAUUGAAUGGUAGAGAACACCGUUCGGUGUUAGCUCCUCCAAAUGUACAUAGAAUUUUACUGUGCAUUAAAGUUUAAAUAAAUAAAUAUUUAAAAUAUUUAGGUAUUAUAAAUUUUCAAAUUAUUUUGGUAAUAGAUAAUUUGUACCGGAUUACCUACAUUUUUCAUAAACAUUUAAACCCAUUCGACGAAUGGGUGUAGUGAUUUGAAAUCUAUGUCAUAGAUAUUAUGAAAAGUUUCAUUGGAAUACGGAUUAAAAAUCUAAUUGUAAUCUGCUUUACUGUCACACCAUCAAACAACACUUAAUGGUAUCUACUAAUAUUUUACUAGAUCUGUACUUCAUGUAGAUUAUUAAAGUUAGUUCUUAUGUAGAUCUAAUGAACAAAAUAUAUUACCAACAAAUAACAAUAAUUCUAAGUUCAUGAUCAUUAUCAUAUCGGCCUUUAACUGUCCACUGUUGAACAUAAGCUUCCCUCUUGGGAGAUUUUGCCAGUAGUUGCCACGCUUGGCAGGCGGAUUGGCAACCGCAGUCAGACUAUAGAGAU